CCUCUUUAAAUCAUACUCUUAAUUUACUUCUCUUUUUAGUAUAUACAACCACAAACUAUGGCCUUGUGUCUCUCCUUAAGAAGCGUUGCUUUCUUCUUUCUUUUCUUUUCUUUUCUCUCAUUUUCUCUCCCUGUCUCUGCUAGACCUGCAACUUUUCUUCAGGAUUUUAAAGUCACCUGGUCUGAGUCACAUAUCAGGCAAAUCGAUGGAGGGAGAGCUAUCCAACUCGUUCUUGACCAAAGCUCAGGAUGUGGGUUUGCAUCCAAGAUGCAGUACUUGUUUGGUCGUGUAAGCAUGAAGAUCAAGCUCGUCCCUGGAGACUCUGCAGGAACUGUCACUGCCUUUUAUAUGAAUUCGAACACCGACAACAUAAGAGACGAACUGGACUUUGAAUUCUUGGGGAAUAGGACAGGACAGCCAUACACUGUCCAAACAAAUAUCUAUGCUCAUGGAAAAGGUGAUAGAGAACAAAGAAUUAACUUGUGGUUUGACCCUUCUGCAGACUUCCACUCUUACACCAUCCUCUGGAACCAUCACCAUAUUGUGUUUUAUGUAGAUGAUGUGCCAAUUAGGGUUUACAAGAAUAAUGAAGCCAAAGGAAUCCCAUAUCCAAAGUUCCAGUCAAUGGGAGUCUACUCAACAUUAUGGGAAGCUGAUGACUGGGCAACAAGAGGUGGCCUGGAAAAAAUUGACUGGAGCAAAGCUCCUUUCUAUGCAUACUACAAGGACUUUGACAUUGAAGGAUGCCCAGUUCCAGGACCAGCAAAUUGUGCAGCAAACCCUAGUAAUUGGUGGGAGGGUACUACUUAUCAAUCCCUCAACGCUGUAGAAGCUAGGAAAUAUCGGUGGGUUCGAAUCAACCACAUGAUUUACGACUACUGCACCGACAAGUCUCGAUACCCAGUUGCCCCACCGGAGUGCAUGGCCGGGGUCUGAAAAAUGUUGAGGCAAAUAAGCACAACCCAUGAAGCAAUUUGUUACGUAUACGUUGAUAUUGAUCAUAUACUUGAAAUGUCUCAUGUAUAUUUUACGUACAUGUCCUAGUAUGCUUAUGCAUGAUUGUUGAAAUGAGUGUUCUUCUUCUUCUUCUUCUCUAUGUAUAAAUUUUCAAAAGCUGAAGGAAGAAAAUAAAAACCUUGCUGUUGGUACUUAUUUCAAA